AUGCAUCACCCAAUGAUCCGAUGUAAAUUUUUUGCUCGAGGUAAUUGCCGUAAUGGUGAAGCAUGUCCGUUUGCACAUAUUUUGCAAUCGGAAAUUGUUAACCUACAACAGUCAGAUACAAGAAGAGGUGACAUACAACGAGAACGUCGUAGACGUCCAACUGGACAGGCAGGUUUUAACACUCACGAUUUGAACGAGCAUUUCCAAUCAUCCUCACAACAUUUUGACAAGAGCCGCUACAAAUGGGUUUCACCAUUGUUGAAAGAACGUGAAGGAGCCAAAAUCAAGCUGAUACAAAAUCAAAACAAUAGUAAGGACGUUUGCGAUAAAGAUAUUACUGCCAAUAGAAAGUCAGCAACAGAAGCAUCAGGGACAGAUUUGUUUCCAGAUAAUAAGAAAGGAAUGAUCCCCGAUAAAACAAAAUCAGAGAGUCUAGUGGAUGAAGACGAAAAUAAUGGAUUUACUGAUGAUUGCAAUAAUCUAAUGCAGCAACUUUAUUCGAAAAUGGAAGACUUAACUAUUGAACAAAUAAAACAGUUUGAGGGAGAUGAGUUUGAAUAUGGCAAAGUGCCGACGAUUCCACCUCCCAAAGAAUUUUGUUUCUAG